AUAAAAUGAAAUAAAAUCACGGGGGUAGGGUUUAGGUUUCAUCGACUAGACAGGAAUGGGUAGAGACAGCUGCUUGGUUCGCGUCACGGCCGGAGCGGCGAUAGGCGGAUCGAUCGGCGGCGCAGUUGGUGCCGUCUAUGGGACAUAUGAGGCUAUUAGAUACAAGGUGCCUGGAUUGUUGAAGAUAAGGCACAUUGGGCAAACCACUCUUGGAAGUGCAGCAGUUUUUGGACUCUUCAUGGCAGCUGGGAGCUUGAUACAUUGUGGAAAAUAGUACUGACUUCCAUUGUAGCUUAGCAUUCAUAGUUUUGAUGCGUUAAGAGCACUUUGUAUCGUGAAUGUAUUGCUUCUUUCGGUCAAAUUAAAACAUCCAAUAAUUUUGAGGGGAGGUCAAUUUUUUGUAUCA